UUGUUAGUCUUUAAAGUGCUACAUAGUCCUGCAUUUUGCUUCAGCUACACCAGACUAACACGGCUACAUUUCUAUUACUAUUCUACAGUGUAAUGAAGUUUGAGAACCCUUGAUCUAGAGCACUGGUUGUCAAACUUUUUGGACCACAGCCCACCCUGCUCAAUGCAGAUCUUCUGUGGACCGCCAGCCAAUUAUCCAUGAUGACAAAAUGGGUCCAAGUGGAGGUGCAGGGUCUGGCUGGGAGGUUGGGUGCAGGAGUGAACUGAGGUUAGAGGGGUCUAGGAUGGAGAGUGCAGGUGCUUCCCCUCACUCCUAGGUUCACCCCUGCCCCUGCUGCUCCGGUUGGCCAUGAUUUUGGCCAAUGGGAGCAGAGCGGAAAGCCUCCAGGCAAGUGGUUUCCUGUGCUGCCAUUCCCUCAUCCGAAUGUUUAAGAGAGGGAGCUCAGCUUUCUGACCCUGUGAGGCUCACUCUCCAUCCCUGCAGUAGGUGCUGGUGCCCCAACCUCACUAGGGGUGGGUGGCUGGAGUGUCAGUGUAGGCUCCCCAGUGUAGGAGGGGGUGAGCCCCAAGCCUGCGGACCACCUGCAAGACGGUUGUGGACCACACUUUGAGAAUCAGUGAUCUAGAGUAAUCCUUUUGCUGUGAGCAAAGUGAAGCCAAGCCUAGACCACAGUCUGUAUACAGUAGAGUUACAGUUUUGCUUGGACAUAUACCUGAAGGCUUCAUCACAUCACAUAAUAUUUAAUUAAAUAUUAAUCUUUAAUUCCUGGAGACUCCAUGGCAAUCCUGAAGAUUUGGCAAGCAACAGUUAUACCAAACUAAUCACACUUGUAGGCAACUCUGUUUUGACAGGCAAGCUUUUCCUCUUGAUUUAACCACCACCUCUUGAAUAGGUGGAUUAACUAUCUUUAUUUAAUCUCUUCAGCAGCAUGGCUGCAUUGGUGCAGCUACAGUGUUUGAAUGUAGUGUUUGCAGAUGGAAAUGUUCAUAUAAUGGACACUCAUUAAACAGCAAUCAUAUUUUCUCACAGAUGCCUCUGUCAUAUGUUUCAGGAUUAAGACCAAAAUCACCAUAAUGAUGAGGAUGCCAUUUUUGUUAAAUACUUCUUGUAAUGCACAAUAUUACAAAAUACAUAACAGAUCUUACAUAAAUAUUAUGCAUAAAGCAUCACAAACAGCUGCAUAUAAUAUUAUACAUAAUCACAGCAGCUUUUGUUUAAAAUAAUCAGCAAUGGAGUAUUGGUUAAAGAUGUAAAUAAUAGUUUUCAAGAGUAGUGUAGCAUGUAUUUUUAAGUGAUACUUAGAAUCUGAAUUUUUCCCAGUCAUUAUAAAUAUAAGGCAAGUCUAAUUUUGAACCUGAUCUGCUUUUCUAGCACAGCAACUCCAACUGGCUAAUAGACAUAAAAACUUUCAACACACUAACUAUUUUGAGUAUAUGGAAAAACAGUUAUGCAAAGUUGUAAUGGUUUUGCCCUCUGACUAAUGCACUCAGAUCUAAAAGAUGCUCUGUUGAUCUUAUCUAACAUAUUUUCAUUCAUUUUUAAGGCAACAAGGAAUCAAUGAUCAUCUAGUCCAACCUCCUGCAUAACGAAAGCUAUAAGAAUUAACAGCAUUUGUGUUUAUCAUAAGAAAGUAUGUAUGUGUGGAGUUGUACCUUACAAGGUAUUCAGGACAGAUAAUCAUCACUGAUGUUUUUUAACAGGUCCUUGUUUAGGAUGUAGAAGCAUCUGAAGAAAUAUGAAGUGGCUUUGUUUCGUGUUGACAAAAAAAAUUCCAUGUCAUCUCUGGACACUUUCCACAAUGAUUCCCAAAACAGUAAACCAAUUUCCUAAUCCCUAUAUCAUUGACCAUAAAUGGUUGUCAAGUUAUAAACCUAAAAAUAGUCUCAAAGACUGUUACAGACUUCUUAAACUUCAGGAGGGGUGUUCUCUAGAUGAUGUAAGAAAUUCAUUUCGAAAUCUUGCCAAACAGUAUCAUCCAGACAGUGGUUCUGUCACAGCUGAUUCUGCAAUGUUUAUGCAGAUAGAAGAAGCAUACAGAACUGUGCUUUCUGAUGUGGCCAAGAAAAUGAAAUCAAGUGAAAGCGAAGAGGAGGAAGAAGCCAAAUUUAAAUCCAAAGCACCACAGCACCGGCAGUAUUUAAGUUUUGAAGGUGUUGGUUUUGGGACACCCAGUCAAAGAGAGAGACAGUACAUGCAGUUUAGAGUAGACCGUGCAGCUGAGCAGGUGAUGGAAUAUCGAAAGCAGAAAUUUGAGAGCCAGUAUGCUAUGAACACUAUGAUAGCCAAAGAUGUCAAGCAGAGUAAGAAGAUAAAAAUAACCCAAGCAAUUGAGCGUUUGGUUGAGGACCUCAUCCAGGAAUCAAUGGCCAAAGGAGACUUUGAUAACCUCAGUGGUAAAGGAAAACCAUUGCAGAAAUUUUCAUAUUGUCCGCAUAUUGAUCCUAUGACUCACAACCUGAACAGAAUUCUUAUAGAUAAUGGAUACCAACCAGAAUGGAUUCUGAUGCAGAAAGAAAUACGAGAAACUAUUGAAGAACUAAGAAAGAACAUAGUAGCAUCUAGGAAUAACCUUGGAGAGCCAAUGACAGCAUUUAGACAGAAGCAAUGGAAUCAGAUUUGUGAACAAUUAAUAGAAGAUAUCAAAAAACUAAACAAAAGAAUUAAUGACUUCAAUUUAAUUGUUCCUAUUCUGAACAGACAAAUGGUUCAUUUUAAUGCAGACAAAGAAAUUGCUCGAGCGCAGAAAGCUUAUGAGAUCCUGAUCGAAAAAACAAAGGCCACUAAUGUGGAUACAAAAGAAAAUGAACAGGAAAAUAACAUGUUUACACUUAAAUCCAGAUUUUUGAAGUGGAUACAUCUUAUGAUGAAAUAAAAGGGUACAUCUGUGUUGAUUAAAUAUUGAAUGUUCUUAAUUAUUUUGUAGUUUUGGAGAGAAUUUUUCAGGUUUGCUGAAAAUAUAAAACCUACCUGUUUAAUAUAUAUAGAAGGAAUCUUGCUGUCAGAUCUGGCUCUCCAGGUAGUUAGUGUAAAAACUGCGUUAGAAUAAAUAAAUUUUCUCAGCAAGUUUUGCUUUUGUCAGGAUUCUUCUUCUUCUGCAUUUAUCAAACCAAUAUUUUAUUUGGGUAAAACAAAUAAUUAAACCUCCUAAAGGUACUAUUAUCUUUACUUUGCAAAUUAGGAAAUGGAGAUGCAAAGAAAUGACUGCAAAUUAGCAACAGAACCAAUAAUAGAAUCUAUAUAAUUUGACUUUUCAUCCUGUGAGCUAUUCCUUGAACUUUAACAUUUUUAGUUUGAAUGCUCACUUCAAGAUUUUUAAAAGAGCCUUUUUAAAUAAUACAUUUUCUUAUUUGAAAAAUAUUGGGGUCUGAGACUGUUUUCUGGUAUAAGGUAUUGUGGCUAGUAUUUGAGUCCCUGCAUGAAUGAGAUUGUAUAUAUUUCUUUAGAUAAGUAGACUGGGACUGCUGGGAGCUUAGGGUAUGUCUAGACUACAUGGCUCCAUCGAUGGAGCCAUGUAAACUAGUUUUCCCAGCAUAGUCAAUGAAGUGGGGAUUUAAAUAAUUCCCGCUUCAUUAAAAUAAACAUGGCCGCCAUGCAGUGCCAACGAUCAGCUGAUCUGGCACAGCACGGCAGUCUAGACGUGGAUCUAUCGGCUGGGGAAGCCUUUGGCGACUGAUCCCUUAUGCCUCAUGAAACAAGAAAAAUUCAAGUGGUUACAUUUUGGGUAUUUCAAUAUUAAAUGACCCUAGUGAUGGCCGAAAUGGGUAUAUUUUUAUUUUGUCUUAUGACUAGCAAUCCUCAAAGCCUUUCCCCGCAACCCUUUGAGUGCUGGAAUAUGUUAUUUUAGCAUCUCAAGGAAGACUUUGGCCUUUCACAAAUCGUGUGCUCAUUUUAGACGUCGCUGUUGUAUUCUAAUAAGAGUGUCUGCUCAUUUAUUGAAGAGUGUAAGUGUCAGCUAAUUGUUCUUGUUUAUAAAUUUAGGGCUUAAUUACAGCAGAUAUGUACUGAAAAGAUUGUAACGUCUGUUCCUUCGGAUGGCCUAUGGAAUUUGACUGGCAUUGCUAAUUAAACUAAUUCAACGGUA